AUGGGCGGAGACGAUUUUCACGUACCAAUAUUAAAAGUGCCUACAAAUGAACGUAUUCAAAGUCUAAGUGACCAUUUCAUGAAUGAAUUUGGAUGUACACCGGAUUUUUUUGCUCGUGUUCCCGGCAGAGUUAAUCUAAUUGGCGAACAUAUUGAUUAUUGCGGCUAUCCGGUGUUGCCAAUGGCAUUAGAACAGGAUAUACUUGUAGCUGGCCGGUUGAUAAAAGAACAUAAAAUUUAUCUACGGAACAUGAAUUGUAUGUAUGAAAGUAAAGAUUUUGAAAUAAAGCCAUAUAAUGAAAUUGAUAUAGAAGCGGAUUCAAAUGGAAAACCGUUUUGGUACAAUUAUGUGCUUUGCGGAAUAAAAGGAGCUUUAGAACAUUUAGAAAAUAAAGUGUCCAGUGGAGUACAGCUUUGUGUUGAUGGAAAUAUUCCACCAGCUUCAGGAUUAUCUAGUUCUUCAGCAUUAGUUAGUGUAGCGUGCUUGGCAUUUAUGUACGCUCAAAAGAUAACAUUAAACAAAAAAGACAUAGCUUCUCUUUGUGCUAGAAGUGAAAGAUAUAUAGGAACUCAAGGAGGUGGAAUGGACCAAGCCAUAGCAUUUCUGGCAGAAAAAUAUUGUGCUCAGUAUAUUACGUGGAACCCCCUCAAAGCCACGAAGGUUAUUUUACCCGAAAAUGCUUCGUUUGUUGUAGCUCAUAGCUUAGCUGAAUUAAAUAAAGCUGCUACUAAUGAUUACAACCAGCGAGUUAUAGAAUGUAGACUAGCCGCGAAGAUAUUAGCUUUAACUUCUAAUACUGUGAGUGAUCAUACUAUAGUUACUUUAAGUCAGGUACAAAAAUUACUUGAUAAAAGCUUAGAAAAUAUGGUAGCCCUAGUGCAUGAGAAACUACCAAAAGAAAUAUAUAUUAAAGAAGAAGUUUGUUCAAUAUUAAAUAUUACUGAAGAUGAAAUCAAUAAUUUAUACUUAACUCCGAAUACAAGACAUCUUAAAGAAUUUAAAUUAAAACAAAGGGCUUUGCAUGUGUAUGAGGAAGCUCUACGGGUUGAUGCCUUUCGUAAAAUUUGUGCGACUACUACGAAUGGAGAUAGUAAUGGGUCAACUAAUGGUACAUGUGGAGAUAAAAAUGAUAUUUUAGUUAAAUUAGGAAAAUUGAUGUCAGGCAGUCAUGAAAGUUUAAAAACAUUGUAUGAAUGUUCUCAUAAAAAUCUAGAUAUCUUGGUAGACAUAUCAAAAACCAUGAAUAUACAUUCACGACUAACAGGCGCGGGCUGGGGUGGAUGUAUUGUAGCAUUGUGUCCAAACGAAAAAGUCGAUGAAUAUAUUAAGAAAUUAGAGGACGAAUUUUAUGUUAAACAUAGUAACAUCGACAGAGCUAAAGCGAAAAAAUACAAAACCCAUUACAAUAAUAAGGAAAGUAUUUUAAUCAGUCAGGAUCUCAAUUCAUCAGCUAUAACCACUGCCAAAAAAAGAAGAUUAAGAAGAAAGAAAUUACAAGCUGCACGGAUACUGAAAAGUGAGCAAAAUAACUUGAAAGAAAAACUACAAAGAGUAAUAAAUAAAACAGAAAUGUCCUCUAAAGAUGGAUCUGAAAAAUCGAGAGAUGGAGUGUUGGCUGCAAGAGAAGCUAAGAAAUUGGCUAAGCAAAAAGCAAAGAAAAAAGAUGUAGAUGAUCCUAAUAAAGUAAAUGCUAACACAUCAAUUACUACUAACUUGGAACAAGUUAAAAGUAAAAUAAAUUCUGAGAAAGAACCUUCAAAAAAUGAACCAGAAACCAAGGAAUCUAAAUCAAUAACAGAAUCGGUAAAAAGUAAAGAUGAAGUAGAUAGAGCUAUCGAAAUGGCUAAAACAGAAAAUGUUAUAAUAGACACAGAUAGGUCUAAGGAAGCCAUUAAAGCAGAAAGAGCAGCAAAAAAAGCAGCAAAGCAAGCUAAAAAGAAACCUAAUGAAAAUGAGAAACCUGGUAAUGAUAAGUCUAGUAAUGAUAAAUGUGUUAAUGAUAAACUGGCUUUAAAUAAUAAUGAUAAAUCUGAUAACGAUACAGUUAUUAAUGAUUUGACAGUUAGGGAGGUAGUAAACACUCUGAAAGACAUUGUAAAUGUUGCAAGAGAAGUUCAAGCAGUAACAGAUAAAGUGAUAGCUAUAGAUUUGCACGGUAAAAAACAACCAGAAGAAGAGCAAACAAAAAGCAAAGCUGAGUUGAAAGCGGAAAGACGUGCCAAGCAAGAAGCUCAGAGGGCGGCCAAGCAAGCUGCACAACAGCAAAAGGCAGAAGUUAAAGUAGAAGUUAAAAAAGCACCCACUAAACCUGAAGAGGAAAAGCCAAAACCAAAAGUAGAAGAAAAGCCCAAGUCGAAACCUCAAAGUAUGCCUAAAAUGAACUGGUUUCAGCAUCUCUAUACCGAACACGACAAUGAAACUUUCAAACAAAUGGCUGUUAACUCAAAUUUGCAUCCAGCAGUAGUAAAACUGGGUGUUCAGUUGGCGUCGCAUGUGGUGACGGGGUCCAAUGCGAGGUGCAUCGCUUUAUUGGAUGCUCUGAAGAAGAUGGUGCGCGACUACAGCCAGCCGGCGCGCACGGAGUUCGGGCGCGCGCUGGAGGCGGCCACGGCGGCGGCGGCGCGCUGGCUGGCGGCCGCGCGCGCGCCCGCCGCCGCGCAGGUCAACGCGCUCAAGCACCUGCGACACCACAUCACCAUGCUGCCCAAUGGUGUUGACGAGUUCGAUGCAAAGAAGCGUCUCCAAGAGGAGAUCGACCGCUACAUCCGCGAGCAGAUCGACAUGGCGGGCGAGGCCAUCAGCCUCGCCGUGCGAAAGAAGAUAUGCGACGGCGACAAUAUACUCACAUACGGAUGCUCGUCGCUGGUGGAGCGCAUCCUGGUGGAGGCGCACGGCGCGGGCGUGCGCUUCCGCGCGGUGGUGGUGGGCGCGCGCGCGGGCGCCGGCGCCGGCGGCCGCACGCUGCUGCGCCGCCUGCUGGCGCGCCGCGUGCCCGCGCUCUACGCCGACAUCUCCGCGCUCAGCACGCUCAUGCGGGACGUGGACAAAGUGAUAGUGGGUUGCGCGUCGCUGCUGGUGAACGGCGCGGUGCUGGCGGCGGCCGGCACGCUGGCGGCGGCGCAGGCGGCGCGCGCGCACAACGUGCCGCUGCUCGUCGCCUGCGAGACGCACAAGUUCGCGGACACCGUGCAGACUGACGCCUUCGUGUAUAACGAGUUGGGUGACCCCGACGAGCUGAUAGACAAAACGGACGAGAACUCUCCACUAAAGGACUGGCGCUCGAACCCCAACCUGUCGCUGCUGAACCUAACGUACGACGUGACGCCGCCGUCGCUCGUCACGGCCGUCGUCACGGAGCUGGCCGUGCUGCCGUGCACCAGCGCGCCCGUCGUCGUCCGAUACAAGAUGUCCGAAUAUGGACUC